AUGCACGGCUCAUACCUCCCAUCGCAGCCGACUCAGGCAAAGCAGCCAAUCCUAUACAGCUCGCCCUCCUUGACUUCCGACGGUCAACCGGGUGCUGCAGCCCGUGAAUCUUCGCUUAAGCACAGCCCUCUCUCCCCAGAUCGGCCUGGUAAUGGACUCAAGAUCUCCCACCUUCUUUAUAAUUCUGCGUCCCCGGGGACUCCUCCAGCGCUCAGCUCAUCCUAUCCGAACGCACAACCGUAUUCCCGGCCUUCCAGCGGACCUGGCCAACCGCCUCCGCCUCCAUUGCUAAUUGGUGCACGUCACCCACAAGAUCCAGUCGUGGAAGCCACAAAUAUAUCCGUUGGCCAUGUGGUUCCCGCGGCCCAACAGCCUCACAAACGAGCAUAUAGACAGCGAAGGAAAGACCCCAGCUGCGAUGCGUGUCGCGAGCGAAAAGUCAAGUGCGACGCCUCCGAAUCCUCAAGCUGUACGGAAUGCUCGAACCGCAACGUGAGGUGUCUGUUCACCAAGGAAACCAAUAGGCGCAUGUCUUCUAUAAAACAGGUCCAGGACCUUGAACGGCAGCUAGCGCAGGCAAAGCAGCAAUUACAUCAACUUCGCAUGGGAUUGCCAAAGCCUGAUGAUCAUGAUUACGAUAUGAGCGAUGGAACCCCAAAAAUUCCCGAGAUUGGUUGUCGACCACACCGCAUCAACACUCCAAGCGCGAAGUACAACUUUGCGGGUGUAUGCUCGAAAAUGCGACAGUACGGCCAGGGACUGAUCAACUUCCCCCUCACCCCGUCAUAUACUCGAUAUCAAUCUCCGUUAACGUCCGAUUUCCCAUCUCUACCGCCGAAGAAUGUGGCCGACGUCCUCUUAAGGCACUACUUCUCCUCCAUACACUCAAUCUUCCCAAUCCUUCACUGGCCAGCCUUGUUGGACGACUACGACAGAAUAUAUCGCGCUGGCUCCCUUCGUGGUGUUCCACGCGGCUGGGCGUCUGUCUUUUUCGCAGUCUUGGCUUGCGGUUCUUUACAUUCCCUAGAUCCGGCAUUAAUCGUGAAAGGCAAAGAAUAUAUUCAGACCAGCUUUAGCUUAACCGACCUGUGGCAGGACUCGUUCUCCGUAGAUCCAGCCCGAGCAGCAAUGCUAAUCAGUCUAUUCUUGUACGAAAAUAAUCUAAAAUCGGCCAGCUGGGUUUGGUUAGGCUGCGCGGUGAGAAUAGCGCAAGACCUCGGGUUGCAUAUCGAGUCAGGAAGCUGGGCGCCUCUCGAUGCUGAGAUGAGAAGGCGAAUUUGGUGGUCCUUGUAUGCCUGGGAAAGGACUCUUGUUUUGGAGCUGGGCCGGCCGCUCAUGAUCCAUGACGAAGAUUGUGACACCGAGUUACCAUCUGCUAUCGAGGAACAUCUUAUCUCAGAAGGGGCUCCAGCUCCGCCAGAACCCAGGACUACUCCCCUUCUUGCCACCAUUCAUGUUCUACGUUCUGCAUCUCAACUCGCAAAAGCACUAAAGUCCCAGGUGAUCUCUCCGGAGACUUUGGAGAAAUUUGAGUGCCACUUUAGGAUGUGUCUGGGGUCUUUCCCUCCGGAAUAUUCGGUUAACUCGAACCAGUACCUCGAUCCACAGUCACUGCCCCCGAUUAUAUGCCUUCAGAACACCAGACUAGUCCUCCAUCGCCACAACGUAUCGCCUGCUUGUUCUCCCGAAAUGAGACGCACUGCCCUUGAACAAUGUCUAGCUGUUGCCCAUGAUACCACUCGCAUAUUAACACGUUGCAUGCGUUCUCCAGGCUCUUUGGAUUCUAGUGGACCUGGGACUGGAGAGUGGCGCUAUUUACUUGCGGCCGCGGCAAAUACGGUUCUUUGUACGCACAUAUGGCGCUGUAUCCUUCUCCUCCUAUUCAAAGCCGAAUUCUCUGCUGCAUUGGUAUGCAUCCAAGCCAGCGCUGCGAUUGGCGACGUACGAACCGUGAACAACGCGGCUGGGCGCUACAUCUCAUUCUUUCUGAAAUGCCUGCUAGAAAAGCAGCAGCAUGGGGAAAUCAUGCAUUUGGAGCGCGAUGAAGAAAUCCUAGCAUACGUUUCUGCUGACCUCCAAGCCCGGAUCGAUGGCAGUUGGGUAUGGCAGAAUAGCGAGAAUCAAUCACCGCUCACAGCUACUCCGCCGCCCACUUCUUCUCCGUCGUCGACUGCAUCGCCAGUACGGGGUCGAUUCGUAGACCCACCAAGAAGUGAGCCUUCGCGCAAAGAUGAAUGUGAUCAGGACUGGGAGGGUUGGGAGUGGCUUGAACAAACGACUCAAAUGCUUCUGUCGAAGCAGCAGCGGCAGCGGCAGGUUUCUGCAACGGAAACUAAAAGAUCUUUCUUUAUUGAACCGAAGCUGGAUCGUCCUGUGGAGAGCUUGAGCGGAUCACAAACAAGCCACACCAGUAAUUCAAAAAUGACGAUCGCGAGUAUUAUAUGA